UUCAGGUUUAGGCCGUACAGCUGGCAUCAGAAUAGCAUCACCAUGACGACAAUAAGCUUGAAAGACGACGGCGGGGACGAGCUGUUGGUCAUCUCUCACAACGGCUGUCGUUUCCCAAACUUUCCUAACAAUCGAGCCAUCGAGAAUAUGGCUUCCGUGAAAAUCAGAUCGGAUGACGUCAUCUUGAGUACAUAUUCUAGAUCAGGCACACACUGGGUAUGGGAGAUGUCACGACUACUCCAGGCGGGCAAGCUGGACACAAGUGACAUCGACAAGACCUCGACCAUGCUGGAACUAUCUGACGAGGAGGUGUACAAGGACCUGCCAUCUCCCCGACUUCUCAACUCCCACGCACCGUUCCAACAUCUACCUGAUGAGGUCAAGGUCAAGAAACCUAAAAUUGUUCACGUCAUUCGUAAUCCCAAAGACGCUAUAGUAUCCUAUUUCGUGUUUAUGAAAAAGAUCGGCUUCAGUGAUUAUAGUGGCAAGUGGGAGAAUUAUCUUCGUCCUGCGACAGAGGGGAGAUUUGAAUAUGGUUCCUGGUUCGACCAUUUCAAGUCCUGGGAAGAGGUGAAGAACACUACCGAUAUUCCGAUCCUGACACUCCACUAUGAAGACCUUAAAGAGGACACUUUCAGGGAGGCGAAGAAGUUGUGUGACUUCCUGGGCGUAGAGAGAAGCGAUGACUUCAUCAGACAAGUGUGUGAACAGUGUGAGUUUAACUCAAUGAAGAAGAUCAAGGCUACUGCAAAGCUGACUGGCAAGAUUGCUUAUCGCAAGGGUGAAGUGGGUGACUGGAAAAACUGGUUCACUUUGGCACAGAACGAAUGGUUUGAUCAAUUCUAUGCAGAACAGAUGAAAGAUUGUCCUGUGAAAGUUCGAUUUACACUUGAUUAACGUCCGCAACGUUCAGGCAACGUGGCCUUCGGGAUACUGGUAGCACAUUCAGUUGCUAAUACCAUGGAGGUUACUAACAGCAAUAUCACGGCAGGGGCAGAAAUGAGCUUCGCACAUUGUACCCAUGUAGGGAAUCGAACCCAUGCCUUCGGCGUGACGAGCGAACCCUUUUACCACGACAAUACAAUGAAUGAUUAUGU